GUAUGUUUAUUCGCCAACAGAUACUGAUAAGUGUUAUCGCUCAUCUCGCCCGGUAGCUGAGCUGAGUUGAAAAGUAACCUUAAGACAUUUGCAUCCUGAGGAGCUUUACACUACUAAAAGAAAAUUUGAGUCGACAACUUUAAUAUUUAACGCGGAAUCGAAUUAAUCCUCCAAUUGAUCCUCUUUGAACGUGCGUUCAACAUGACUUGUUCAUUAUAAUCUCACCAUUUCCCGCUUUCCGGCACUUUGCCAGCAGCCCCACGAAUCGGUGGUGCCGGCCGCAAUUUAGUUAAUCAGUUAAGGUUGCCCCGCCACAAAUGACCCGACCAAUGAUGGUCCGAUUCUUACGUCAGUAUUGCCCGAGAUACCGUCCGCUGCGCAUUGUUUGCCACCCGAAAUGACAACAUCGUUGAAAACCUACUGCAUAAUCGGUGCUGGACCGGCUGGACUUUGCACGGCCCGGCAUGUGCUCGAUGUCGCAGACAGCAGCGCGGUGACCGUGUUUGAGCAAACGGAUAAAAUUGGUGGUCUGUGGGCGUACAGUGAUAGCACUGGGAAGGAUCGAAAUGGGCUAGAUAUUUACUCCUGCCUUUACGCUAGCCUGCGUACGAAUCUGGUCAAGCAAGGAAUGGGCUACCCGGACUAUCCGAUUGAUGAGGAUGCCAAGACGUUCGUCACGAUUCCGGUCGUUAUAAAGCAACUGGAAGGGUAUGUCGACAAAUUUCAGCUACGCCGCGUGAUUAGAUUUGAACACCAAGUAAUACGGGUGACACGCCGGUUCGAAUCCGAACAAUGGGAUGUACUGGUGAGAGAUUUAUGCAACGAUCGCUACACAACGUACCGGUUUGAUUACGUUCUAAUAUGCAACGGACACUACACAUCCCCGGUGGUGCCACAGUUUCCGGGACAAGAGAUAUUCCAGGGUCUUCAAAUCCAUAGUCGAGAUUAUCGGCGUAGCGUUGAUUUCAGCAAUCAACGUGUGCUCGUCGUUGGCGGUGGCCACAGUGGUGUGGAUAUAGCGCCAGAUCUGGCCAACCACGCAUCGCGUGUCGUUCUGAGCCAUCGCUGUAAGAUUCCUGUCCAUACGGGCGAUCGCGUGAUUCAGCGACCGGAGGUUCGGUUGCUAACGGCAGCCGGUGCCACGUUUGUCGAUGGCGAAACGGAAGAUUUCGAUGUUAUCAUCUACUGCACCGGCUAUCGAUACUCGGUACCAUUCCUGUCCGUGGAUUCGGGCGUAACGGUGCACAGUAAUGCAAUCACUCCGCUGUAUUAUCACUGCAUCAACAUCAACCAACCGAGCAUGGCCUUCAUUGGGUUGCCCUUUAACGGUUGCCUGAUGUUGAUGAUGGAUCUGCAGGCUCGCUUUUGUGUGAAGUUCUACAGUGGACAGAAACAUUUACCGAGCCAGGAAGAGAUGCUACAAGAGUGGCAACGAGACAGAAAUGAGCGAGAGCAACGUAAUCUUACCGGCAAAUUGACGCACAUGCUAGCCGGCGACCUACAGCAGCGGUACUACGAUGAUCUGGCACGAAUUGCCGACAUUGAGUCACUGCCACCGGUGUUGGCCAAAAUGCAUGCCGAUUGCAUUGCCAGUAAAAACGAAGAUGUCAACUUCCGGAAUUAUGAGUAUCGUAUCGUCGAUGAUCAUAGUUUCAUCAAAGUACCAUUGCCAGCAGAUAACGAUAGUACCGCGGAAAUAGCAUAGAGUGGGGAUAGCACUCUUAACAGCACAAUAAAGAACUAUUCCGAACUUCCAUUGAAAUUCAUUGAAGAUUAGCGGAACACGACGAUAUAACAACAUGAAUUUCAUAUUGACGCCAUCCUAAUGGUGAACUCUUUUAAACGUAUUAGGUAUAAGAUGUUUGCUUUUCUAAAUGUGCAUUAAAAUCCCUUAAUUAUUUAUUA